AUGUGUGCAUAUAUGUUCACAAGUGACGAUCUAAAUCAAUUAACACUAAGAUCCAAAGCAAUUAUGAAUUCGUCUCAAUGGUAUGAUGAGCUUCGGCGCAAGGAUAAUAUUCUCAAAGAAUGUUUUGACGAUUUACAAUCACAACUACAAGACAUUGAAGUUCUUCAGCAGCCAUUCAAUGAUUUAUAUUUAGCGACAACAUCAUCUUCUCGUGAUAGCGGUUUACCACCAGUUUCAUCAUUAUCAUCAUCUCGUUGUUCGUCGAUUCUCGAACGAGAAAAUACGUCAAACAAUUUGCUUGAUCGAUCAUUUCAACAAGACCGUGAUUUAGAAUAUUUACUUGAGCCAUCUAUUAAUCAUUCUCAUCGCAUCAGUGUUUAUCUCAACGGGGUAGCUAUACCAAUGCCUUCGAUUCAUAACAAAACUCGACAGCGCCAAUCUCGCGGACGUAGUGUACAUUGGGAGGAUGAAUGUAUUUCUCCACCUCGAAAUGAAAAUUAUGAUAAUCAGUCUCAUUCAACUGAUGUGAAAAAUUCCGGGCAACACGUAUGCGUUCAUGCUAGUUUACCCUAUCAUUCAAAACUAAAUAUUCGUGUUCAAGUUAACCGCAUAAAUCGUAAUGAUGAUAAUCAUGUUAAAGCAACAGCGACAGUUCAAAGAACAGAUCCUCGGCAAGAUCACAAACAUUUUGAAGAUUUACAAAGAGCCUAUUGUCAACAUUAUUUACUGCCAGUAGUUAAUGAGCACUCAAUACCAAGCGCAAAAACCGAUGUACCAUUGCGAUAUGAAAGAUCGUCACGACGUCGUCAAAUUUCAAUACCUAUUUCAUUACCAGUUGACCAUCGAUUGCUUUUAUAUAUUCAUAACGGUGAAAUCUAUGCUAGAUGUUAG